AACAUAAAAAGGCCACAGUUCAUUCAAGAACCUCAUACCAAAUCAUACAGCUAGCAAAGCAUUAAAGACCCUUCUCCCUCUUUAAAAAGAAGGGAAAAUUGCAAUAAAUAAGAAGUGCAGAAAUUAACCAUUGUAAGAGAAAAGAAAGAAGAUGGAAGAGGUUGCAGAGAAAAAACAGAGUAGCAUAACAACAGUUUAUGAUGUUACAAAGAAUCCAAUGUUUUGCUUACAAGAAGCCAUAAGAGCUAUUCUUAAGUGUCUAGGUUUUGAAUCUUCAAAACCUGAGGAGUCGUCUUUUUCUUCUUCUUCUUCUUCUUCAUCUGAAUCUUCUUCAAGUAUGUCAGAUAAAAAAGAAGAGAGUGAAAAACAAGACAACUCAUGUGUGUUCCAGGAAGCUGGUAAUGAAGUGAAUAAGCAGCAGGGUUCAGAUUCAGCAUCAACAAAUAAUAAUAAGGAUGACCCUCCAGCUGAAGCUGAUGAUCCACCUGAGUCUCAGACACUUAUAGAAGCAGCAACAGUAAGGAGGGGAAGACCACCAUCAAGACCUCCAGUUGGCAGGGGACCUCCUCCUCAGAACAAUUAAUUGAUAAUAUAUUCCCCUCUUUAAUUCUGAUAUCCAUUUUCAUACUUUGGUUAGGGUUGGUUGAAUUGUGUACUUUAAUGUGUUCAUAUGGUCAAUUAUCAAGACUAGGUCUACUGGUCUUUUAUCUUGGUUUGAUUUCCCUGUGUCAUUGCUAUAGGUCCGUAUUUGUUUAUACACAUAUAUUGUAAGAUAUAAGGAUUUAAUAUGUGCAAGUUAAUUAGUACAUAAUCUACAAGUAUUUGUCGAAUUUUGUUUUUCAAUUGCGUAAAGCUUAACGUUGAUGUCUAUCUUCUAAUUAGUGUGUUGUUUCUUUUCCUUGGCUCA